AUGCAUUUUAUCAGCAGGGAUCGCGCGAUUCAAUGGCAAGUCCGGGCCUUCAUCCUUGUUUUUCUCAUCGAGGCAACGGUCUGCCAGAUCCGCUACUCCGUCCCAGAGGAGAUGAGAAAGGGCUCUUUUGUCGGAAAUGUGGCUGAAGAUUUGGGUAUCGAUGCUAAAAGGCUGAAAUCAGGCGGUGCUCGAAUAGUAAGUAGUGAUAGCAGCGAGUAUAUUCGGCUGGAUGUAGACAAAGGGACUCUGGUCGUGGGAGAGAGAAUAGACAGAGAACAGCUCUGCGGACAGACUUCGCCCUGUAGUUUGAAUUUUGAAAUGAUAAUGACAAAUCCAAUGCAACUGCAUAGCGUUGUCGUAGAAGUAUUAGAUGUUAAUGAUAAUGCACCCGUGUUUCAUGAGAAAGAAAUGCACGUAGAAAUCCUGGAAUCCGCUCUUUCAGGAACUGAAAUAUUACAAGUGAGUGCAACAGACACUGAUGUAGGCAUUAACGCUUUACACGGCUAUACGUUACACCCAACAACGCAUUUUAAUAUUAAGGUGCUGUCGAGCCCAAAUGGACAUAAAUACGCACAGCUGUAUCUUUCUGGUGCUUUAGAUCGAGAGAAAGAGGAGAAGCUGAUUCUCACGCUAACUGCUGUGGAUGGGGGUGAUCCACAGCGAUCAGGUACACUGAAAAUACAUGUAACUGUCCGAGACACAAAUGACAAUGCCCCCGUUUUUACGCAGUCAGUUUUCAAGGCUUCAGUUAAAGAAAAUGUACCAAAAGGAACAUUAGUGGCGAGGGUGAGUGCGACAGAUGCAGAUGAAGGGAUGAACGGCCUUGUUACAUACCACUUUAAUCGCAUGUCAAGUAAUGUUGCUGAACUAUUUCAUCUAGACGAAAACAGCGGAGAUUUAACUGUAAACGGUGUCAUCGAUUAUGAAGAGAAUAAAAUAUAUGAGAUUGGCGUUCAGGCAAAAGAUCAAGGUGGACAAAGCACAUCAACGAAUGUGAUAAUUGAAGUGUCAGAUGUAAAUGACAAUGCACCUUUAAUAACACUCACGUCGUUUUCUAGUGCCAUAGCAGAGGAUUCUCCGAGCGGAACUACUGUUGCCAUCAUAAACGUUAAAGAUCUAGAUUCAGGAAAAAAUGGCAAAGUAGAUUGCUCAGUUAACGGAAAUAUCCCGUUCGCAAUCCACUCAUCGCUAAAGAAUUAUUACACUCUGGUCACAAACGGAGUCCUCGACAGGGAGCGUAAUCCUGAAUACAACAUCACUUUCACGGCUGUGGAUGAAGGCAGCCCGCCGCUCUCAACGAAUAAGACAAUAACACUAAGAAUAUCAGACGUCAAUGAUAAUGCUCCUGUAUUUGAACAGAGUUUUUAUGAAGCUGAUAUCAUGGAAAAUAACUCCCCAGGAUUAUCUGUGUUUUCGGUGAAAGCACACGACUCUGACUCAGGCCAGAACGCACGAGUCUCGUACCUGCUUAUUGAUACAGAGUUAAAUGGUAAUCCCAUAUCCACUUACAUAUCUGUGAACGCAGAAAGUGGAAUUAUACAGGCAGUCAAAUCGUUUGACUAUGAGCAAAUUAAAACUAUCAACGUUUUUGUAAAAGGACAGGAUGGGGGCUCGCCACCUUUAAGCAGCAAUACCACAAUUAAAUUAAAUAUUCGAGAUCAGAACGACAACCCUCCUCAGGGACGCUGUUGA